UUUUUCUUCAUGUUUAGAAUCUACUGAGUUAUUACUUACAGUAUUAUACAGAUUUUGUUCAAAAAAUUCUUCCUUUCUUCUCUUACAACCAAGUUCCAACAGUAAAAUAGGCAUGCUUCCUUCUUUAAAACAUCAAUAUGGAGUCGUAGAAGAGAGGCUUUUCUGUCUCCUCCACAAAUGUAGGCUUAUCGAUCAACUCUUCCAAAUCCAAUGCCAGGUCAUCAUCCAUGGCCUCCUCCAAAAUCGCCAACUUGCUCCCAAAGCCGCCAUUGCCUAUUUCGAAACCGGCAAUCUAGCAUCUGCCCGCCAACUGUUCGAUCAAAUUCUUCAACCAGGUACCGUUCUCUGGAACGUCAUGCUCAAGGGCUACACAGAGGCCGGUCUCCACAAAGAGACGCUGCGGCUGUUCUCUCAAAUGAAGAAGAGGGAUGUAAGGCCUAACCUUUUUACUUUUCCUUUUGUUAUCAAGUCUUGCUCAAUGAUCCCUGCCCUUAUGGUGGUAGAUCAGGUGCACAGUUUUGCUUUAAAAAAUGGGCUCAAGUCGAACCUAUUUGUUGGAACUGCCUUAAUUGAUAUGUAUGCAAGCAAGUUAGAUGCAGGGUUAGCAUAUAAGAUAUUUGAGGAUUUGCCUGAAAGAAAUAUUGUGGUGUGGACUGCAAUAAUAAAAGCUUAUAUUGCUAAUGGUGAUAUGAGAAAUGCUUUUCAACUUUUUAAUCAGUUAGAAGAACAUGAUGUGAUCCUAUGGGACAUCAUGAUUUCAGCAUAUAUUGAACUUGGAGAUAUGGCUACUGCUAAGGGGCUCUUCUCUAGGAUGCCAAUACGGGAUGUCAAAUCUUGGAAUACUAUCUUACUUGGCUAUGCCAUUUGGGCAGAUAUUGGAGCCUGUGAGAGGUUCUUUGCAAUCAUGCCUGAUAGGAAUGUGUUCUCAUGGAAUGGGCUGAUAAGAGGGUAUGCUCGACAUGGUAAGUUCUCCGAUGUCUUGAAUGUUUUCCGCCGUAUGCUCAUUUCAACAAAUAUUAAGCCCAAUGAUGCUAUGCUUAUGGUUGUGUUAUCAUCAUGCGCGAAGCUUGGUGCUCUCAAUUGGGGGAGAUGGAUCCAUUUGUAUUCUGAGAACAAUGGAUUCAGAGGGAACGUCUACAUUGGAAAUGGGCUGAUCGACAUGUAUGCUAAAUGUGGCUGCAUACAUAGUGCAAUCAAUGUGUUCACUAUAAUGGAAAAGAGAGAUGUCAUUACUUGGAAUUCAAUGAUCAACGGUUUGGCAAUGCAUGGAAUGGGAUUGGAGGCAUUGGAGUUGUUUGAUCAUAUGUUGGAGGCUACAGAGGAGCCUGAUGGGAUAACAUUUGUUGGAGUCCUGAGUGCUUGUGUCCACAUGGGUCUUGUUGAGAGAGGAUUUGAAUGUUUCAAGUCCAUGAAACAGAUUUACUCUAUUGAUCCAUGGAUUGAGCACUAUGGCUGCAUGAUGGACCUCCUUGGUCGAGCUGGCUUGCUUUAUGAGGCCAUUGGAUUUGUGAUGGAGAUGCCAAUGGAGCCUGAUGAUGUUAUUUGGAGUGCUUUUCUUGGGGCUUGUCGAGCGUGGAACCAUGUUUAUUUGGCCGAGGUUGCGAUGAGCCGGCUCGUGAGGCUCGUGCCUGAGGAUGUUUCCAAUUAUGUUGUGCUAUCAAAUAUUUAUGGCAAUGCUGGAAGAUGGAAAGAUUUUGGCAGGUUGCAUAAGGUGUUGAGAACAAUGGGUGUUGGAAAGUUGCCGGGUUGUAGCCUUGUUGAGGUGAACAUGGAGGUGGUUGAGUUCUGUUCUUCAGAUGCAAAGCAUGCAAGAUCAAAGGAUAUUUAUGAGAUUUUAGAGAGUUUGAUGGAUGUUUCAAGGGUUGUUAUAGUUGAAUCAGAACUCGAUGAACUUUGUGAAGUGAACUUUGUGAAGUCAGGACGAGAAGAUUAGCUCAGGCCUAGAAUCUGAUGUUGAUGUUCAUGGUUUCACAGAUUGGGAGGAUUCAUGAUGUCACUGGAAGAAGCAUCUUCUUUAGUUGCAGUUGUAUUAGCUGGAGCUUAGCCACAGAUGUCCUACCUUAAAUUCUUUUGAUAUAAAAGCCUCAGCUUGGCUUGGCAGAUUUCUUCAUAAUCAGCCUCAAUGUUUGUCUUGGUAAAUGUUGGAUGACUUUGCUUAUCAUAUAGAUUCAUCUCUUUCCUGACAACUAGAAUUUGGACCAUAAAAUAAGCAGGCUUUCCUUCUUAAACCAACAGCACAGAGUGAUAGAAAGGAGGCCCUUAUCUCUCCUCCACAAAUGUAAACUUAUUGGUUUUGCUCUUCCAAAUCCAAUCCCAAGUCAUCAUCCAUGGGCUCCAAAAUCGGUAACUUGCUCCUAGAGCCAUUACCUUCUUCAAAUCUAGCAAUCUAGCAUUUGCUUUCCAGCUGUUUGAUCAUAUUCCUGAACAGGCAUCGUUCUCUAGAUUAAGGGCCACAGGGAGACCAGCCUCCAUCGAAGAGACCGUUGCUCUUCUCUCAAAUGAAGGAGAAGUUAUUAUGUGCGGUUACCGGAUAGUUCGGAGGUCAAUCAGGAUGCACCACGUCAUCGGAUGCACAAUGGUACACUAUGAUGGUACAUAAUAUAUUGGUGAUGUGGCGUGUCCUGAUUGGCCUCCGAACGGCAUCUAGUUACCACACGUAAUAAUUUCGUUGAAUGAAGAGGAGGGAUGUAAGGUCUAACAUAUUUACUUUUUGUUUUGUUAUCAUGUCUUGCUGAAUGAUCCCAGACUCUAUGGUAGGACAUCAGCUGCAUUGUUUUGCUUUAAAAAUUGGGCUCAGGUCGAACACAUUCGUCGGAACUGCCAUAUUAGAUGUGUCAUUCCUGAGCUUGUUUUCAAUUGUUUUCAUCAAUGUUGUUAUUAAUAUUUUUUGAGUUUGUAAGAGCUAUAUCAGAGUGAAAUGAAAAGAGCAAGUUAAUUGUGA